ACAUUAUGUAUAGGAGAAUAUUCAUUAAUUGUAAACACAGCUACAGAGACUGCAACUUUCCAAACCCAGGAUACUUAUGAAAUCACUCCUCUUAUGAGACCUCUUUAUAUUUUUUUCUUUGUUUCUGUAGACCUUGCACACAGGUAAUAAGCUGUGAAAUACUUUAUAGCUUUAUUUUUAAGCAUACAUAGUAAGAGCACUCUCCUGGGUAUUAAAAAAAUGAAUCUAUGAAUUGAAAGUCAUACGGACCAAAUCUUUGGAUGAUAAAGUUGUUUUGAUGAUUAAUCUCUUAGGACUAAGCUAUGUUAAACAUUCAUACUAAAGCAGUAAUUAGGUCAUGUUGAAGAACAAAGAGAAAACCCGUUAUUAGAUAAAUAAGUAAAAUUUCAAUACUGUGUUUCACUUUAAAUAAGGAGCUAUGAAUGUAUACAAUAGUCUGACUGAAACCUAUGAAAAAAGAUGGAACUUUCCUGUGAGGAGAAAAUGAAGGAUUUAAAAUUUAUACACAUAAAUAUUAUGUAUAGAUUGAGUGAAUUUAUGAUGAAUAGAAUAACUUAUUUCUAAUUUUGUUGUAGUAACUAUAUAGAAGGAAUAUAGAUUUUCUAACCAAUUUACUACAGAAGAAAAAUAGAAAAUAGUGUUUUUAACAAAGUUGCUUACAAAAUUGUUUGAUAACCCCUUUGCUUGCUUUUUCUAAAUCUGACUUUUCUUUCUUUGUUUCUGUAGAUUGCAGCUUUCUCUUUCACAGGUUAGUGUCCAGGUAGAAAUGUACAGGCGUGUUAUGGAGUGAAUAUUUGUGUCCCUCCCAAAUUCAUAUGUUAAAGCCCUAACCCCCAAUGUGGUGGUAUUUGGAUAUGGGGUCUGUGAGAGGUAGGAUAAUGAAGGUGGGCCCUGGUCUGAUGAGAGUAGCGCCCUUAUAGGAAGAGACACCAGAGAGCUAGUGAGGUACAGUGAGAAGCUGACUAUUUGCAAGCCAGAAAGAGAGUUCUCACCAGAACCCAACCAUAAUGGCACUCUAGUCUCAGGCUUCCAGCCUCCAGAACUGUGAGAAAUAGAUUUCUGUUGUUAAGCCACCCAGUCUGUGGUAUUUCAUUAUGCCUGCCCAAGCUGACUAAGAUUUCUAUACCAAGAGGUGGGGUGCUCUUGUACAAAAUACCUAAAAGUGUAGAAGUGGCUUUGGAACUGGAUAAUGUGUUGAGGCUGGGAGAGUUUUGAGGUGUGUUCUAGAAAUAUGGACAAUUCUCGUGAGAUCUCAGACAGAAAUGAAAGUGUUAUUGGAAACUGGAGGAAAGGCAGUCCUUGUUAUAAAGUACCAAAGAACUUGGCUGAAACAUUUUCCAUCGUUUUAUGGAAGGUAGAACUUAGGUGGUGAAAUUGGAUACAUAGCUGAGGAGAUUUAUAAGCAAAGUGUUGAAGGAACAGCUUGAUUCCUCCUGAUUGCUUAUAUAAAAUAUGAAAGGAGAGAGAAGAAGGAAUUGCUAAGCAAAAAGGAACUAGAACUUGAAGAUUUGGAAAAUGUUCAGCCUAUCUAUAUUGCAAAAAAAUGAGAAAGUAUGUUCUGAAGAGAAUGCCAAGGUCCGGAUUACCACUCAACAAAUAGCUUAUGGGAUUAUAUGAACAUAAACACUGCCAAUUUGGACUAAAGGGUACUGAGACAAGCUGAAAUGAAUGAAGGCUGUUAGACUUCUUAGAUUUGACAGGACAAGGAUGUUAGAGCUCUUUGGCUGUAAACAUGCACUAUUCUUUAAGAAGAGAGAAAAACAACCCCAAAAGUGAUUCAGAAAUUAUCAGGGCUACUGCCUCAGUUUCAACAAGUUAGAAGGCCUCUGCUGGAAGCCUUGGGGGUGGUACCGCCCUGUAGAGCCGUGAGGGUGGGACCCCCAUAUAGAGCUGUUUGGGCAAUGUUGCCGCCCUGGGGGCCUGGAGGGCAGAGUAUGGAACUUCUUCAGCAUUAAGAUCUAAUGGAAGUUGCCUUGCUGGGUUUUGAGAUUCUUUGGGACCUGUCACCUUUUCCUUUCCUGUUUCUCCCUUUUGGAAUGGGAAUGUUCAUUCCGUGCCUGUCCCACCAUUGUGUUUUGGAAGCACGUAACUUGUCUGGUUUCACAGCUUCACAGCUGGAGAGGAAUUUUGCCUCAGGGUGGAGCAUACUUUGAGUCUCUCCUGUAUCUGAUUUAGAUGAUAUUUAGAUGAAACUAAAGAAUUUAGAGUUUAUGUGAGAAUGAGUUAAGACUUUCAGGGCUGUUGGGAUGGAAUGAAUGUGCUUUGCAUAUAAGAAGAACAUGAAUUUGGGAGAGUGGGGUGGAACAGUAUGGACUGAAUGUUUGUGUUCCCUCAAAAUUCGUAUAUUGAAGACCUAAUCCCCAGGGUGAUGGUAUUUGGAGAUGGAGUCUUUGGGAGGUAACUAAGUCAUCAGAGUGGCCCUGGUCUAAUAGGAUUAGUGCCCUUAUAAGAAGAGGCACCAAAGAGCUUGAUCUCUCUCUCUCUGUCUACUAUUCUGAGAAGUUGUCUGUCUGCACGCCAGGAAGAGAGUUCUCACCAGAACCCGACCGUGAUGGCACUUAGAUCUCAAACUCCCUCCCUCCAGAACCGUGAGAAAUAAAUUUCUGUUGUUUGAGCCCCCUAGUCCAUGGUAUUUUGUUAUGGCAGCCUGAAAUAAGACAAAGCAUUUAAAAAUAUUUAGCCAGUUUGUGUACUGAAACUGACCUGUUCUUAGGUGUCUGCUGUUCCUUAACUCUUAGUCUCUUCUAAUUGUGCUGCAUUUAUGGACCAGAGGAGACAUGAGAGGAUACCCUUAUAUUUCUUCACCUAAUUAAAUAUGUUUAUGGUAAAUAUACCAGCUCUAGAACAAAUGAGUCAGAUUUUACACAUCUUAUUUAUAUUUUUACCCUUUCUGUGGGCACUUGGGACCCUGCCCCCGCCUGAUGCACUUUUCUUAUGGGCAAUGGAGCAGGUUUUAGAGUUUGGCCUUGGAGGUUCAUCUAUGUCAACCCACCUCCGGUUAUUAAUGAUGUUCAUCGUUUCUGCUGGAACAGCUGUAACAUCAUAUUUCAUUCCCAACACUCUUGGUGUGGUUCUUUUCAUGACUGGACUUGGAUUCUUACUUAGUCUUAACCUAAGUGAAAUGGGUUUUGUCUUCAAACACAGUGUAACGAGACACAGAGUUGGAACCAAAUCUAAGGCUUUACCUAGUGGCUCCAAAAAACAGUUUACUUGGAAGGAAUGCCUUUUCUACAUUGUUGUAUUAGUCUUGGCUCUCUUAGAAACUAGUUUGCUGCAUCACUUUGCUGGUUUCUCACAGAUUUCCAAAAACAGUCCCCAGGCUAUUGUUGGCUAUGUUUUGAUGAUAUUACUUACAUUACUGUGGUUACUUAGAGAAAUUCAGAGUGUCUAUAUCUUUGGAAUUUUCCGAAACCCUUUCUAUCCAAAGGAUGUGCAAGCUGUGACUUUAUUCUUAGAGAAGCAAACAAGGCUCCUGAAGAUUGGUGUUGUCAGGCGGAUUUUGCUAAAUCUAGUGUCACCUUUUGCUAUGAUAGCAUUUCUUUCAUUGGACAAUUCCUUACAAGGGCUCCACUCUGUGUCUGUCUCCAUUGGAUUCACAAGAGCUUUUAGAAUGGUAUGGCAAAAUACAGAAAAUGCUUUAUUGGAGACAGUCAUUGUAUCAGCAGGGCACUUGCUGAUCCCCAGUACAGACAUAUGGUGGAACAGAAGCCUGGAUACAGGAAUCAGACUCUUACUGGUUGGUAUCAUGCGUGAUCGUCUGAUUCAGUUCAUCUCUAAAUUGCAGUUUGCUGUGACUGUACUUUUGGCAUCAUGGACGGAGAAAAAACGUAGAAAAUCAACCACCACUUUAUGUAUACUCAACAUUGUCUUCUCUCCAUUUGUGUUGGUCUUCAUAGUUUUUUCUACACUACUCUCUUCCCCCUUACUCCCCCUCUUUACCCUUCCUUUGUUCUUGGUGGGGUUUCCACGACCUAGUCAGAGUUGGCCGGGAGUGGUGGGCACUGCAGCCUGCGUGUGUGCAGAUACAGUGUACUACUACCAGAUGGUCCCAAAUUUGACCGCUGCACUGCAGUCUGCGAUGGCAGCUGGAAGUUUAGGUCUCCUCUUACCUGGGUCUCAUUACUUGGGCCGUUUUCAGGAUCGUUUAAUAUGGAUAAUGAUUCUAGAACAUGGCUAUACUUACUGCUGUAUUAACAUUAAGGGAUUAGAAUUGCAAGAGACAUCCUGUCAUACUGCUGAAGCUCGAAAAGUUGACGAAGUUUUUGAAGGUGCCUUUGAACAAGAAGAAUACACAAGAGUAUGUUCCAUUAGUGAACACUUUGGAAAUGUCUUGACACCCUGUACCGUUUUGCCUGUGAAACUCUAUUCUGAUGCCAGGAGUGUCCUAUCUGGCAUAAUUGAUUCUCAUGAUAACUUGAAAGAAUUUAAAGGUGACCUUGUUAAAGUGCUUGUGUGGAUACUUGUUCGGUACUGCUCCAGAAGAUCUAGCAUGCAGGAGAAUGUUCACAAAAUUGAAAAUAAAGGGAAAGCAUCUCUAAUAAUCCUGCCUGACUUGAAUACUUCACCACAAACCCAAUCCCCAGAAGAUACAGGUAGUUUAAAUUCAGAAACUUUGGAUGACUGGUCUGAUGACAAUGUUUUUGAUGAUGAGACAACUAUCAAAACAGGAAAAGAAGAGAAAGAUCAGUUGAAAGUUUUGCAAGAUAUAAAUGUGCCUAUUCCAGGAUCAGUAGUAUCACAGAGGGUUGAUGAUCAUUCUACUGGCACAGUUCCUGAAAACAGUCUUUACAAAGCAGUUAUAUUGGGAUACCCUGCUAUUGACAAAGGAAAACAUGAAGACAUGGUGUUUAUCCCUCUCAAGGAGUUCAGUUGUCCUCAUUCUCACUUGUUAAGCUUACCGGAAGAGUGGACAUCUAACUGUUUGCCUAAUUCCAAAAUGAGGGAGAUGAGCUCAUUAUUUCCAGAAGACUGGUACCAAUUUGUUUUAAGGCAGUUGGAAUGCUUUCAUUCAGAAGAAAACGUCCCAAAUGUACUGGAAGAAAUUGCAAAGGAUAGAGUUUUAAAAGACUUCUAUGUUCAUGCAGUACUGACUUGUUAUUUUAGUUUGUUUGGAGUAGACAAUAUGGUUCCUAGUCCUGGUCAUAUACUGAGAGUUUACAGUGGUGUUUUGCCUUGGUCUCUUUCCUUGGAUUGGCUCACAGAAAAGCCAGAACUAUUCCAACUAGCACUGAAAGCUUUCAGAUAUACUCUGAAACUAAUGAUUGAUAAGGCAAGUUUAGGCCCAAUAGAAGACUUUAAAGAGCUGGCUGGCUGCCUGGAGGAAUAUGAAAGGGACUGGCACAUUGGUUUGGUAUCUGAUGAAAAGUGGAAGGAAGCAGUUUUACAAGAAAAACCAUACUUGUUUUCUCUGGGGUAUGAUCCUAAUAUGGGAGUUUACACUGGGAGAGUACUUACCCUUCAAGAAUUAUUGAUCCAAGUUGGGAAGUUAAAUGCCGAAGCUGUUAGAGGUCAGUGGGCCAAUCUUUCUUGGGAAUUGCUUUAUGCCACAAAUGAUGAUGAGGAACGUUACAGUAUACAAGCUCAUCCACUACUUCUAAGAAACCUUACGGUACAAGCGGCUGACCCUCCCCUGGGAUAUCCAAUUUAUUCUUCAAAACCUCUCCAUAUACAUUUGUAUUAGAGCCCAUUUUGACUUGUAUUGUCAUCAAAUGAGAUCUUUUUAUUUUUUCAUUCUAGAAAAGUAAGAAUCUGAUUCCUCAUAACUUCCAUGGACUUUCCUCUCUCCUCCCACGUGCCUGAGAAAAGCUAAGCUCUUUAAAGUUGAUUCUCUUAGCUAUCUUAAUGAUUAAAAAAAACCAACUUUAUGUCUAACCUCAGAGUUAGAACUAGUUGGCCAAUAUUUGUGCCCUAUGAAUUGUGGUGGGCUUUGGUAAAUAUAAAACAUUUGUAGAAGAUUGAUAAUGAAUUUUUUAAUGCUUUCUUAAA